UCAUCAUUCGAGGCUGAAUCCGAAUAUGUUAUUAAAAAUGUUCCAUGUCUUAACAGUGAUUUUUAAACCUAUUUUAUCAACUUGAGGUCCGGACGGACCCCAGGUGGACAACAAGUGAUAGUCCUAUAGGUGGGCGGAUGAGGGUUAAAGACUUUUCUGAAGAUAGCGUAGUUAAAAGAUCUUUAGAAAAUCAGAUUGUCAAGCAAACAAGUUGUAGGACUUCCUGUGUGGAUAUAUAGAGUGCAGACGCGGUCAUCCUGCAUCUCGUGGCACCACAUGCGGUAGAGCAAACAAGCUUGGCAUAAAAUUUCAAGAAAAUAAGUCUUACUUAAGUUUGAAGUACCAGGCUAUCUUUUACCCAUUCUCGCAAGCUUCUUUGUCUAUCAUUAAAAUCAAAUAGUACUAGUUUCUCCUUAGAUCAUCAUAUAACAUUUUGAUUUGCCGAAGCAACCUCAAAAAUGAAUCGAGAUACUGAAAUUGAUCAUUACGCAUCUCUUGACGAUAUUUGUUUCCAAAUAAAAGUAAGAAAACCUAGUAAAAGCCUGUUUUAGAGAAAGAAAGCGAUUUUAGUCUGUAUUCAAAGCAUGCAUUCACCGAAUAGCUUUGAAUGAAUAUUCUUCGUUCUUCCUUCGUACUAUAAUUCUGCGCAUUAUGAUGGUUUUCUACAAUAUUCUGAAGAUUUAUAUAGAAGGGAAAACAGAAACUUUCCCUUUUGCGAUGUAAAAUGAAUCGAUCUCGGCUAUACAGAAAUGAGAACCUCAGAUCUCUUUCUCUUUCCUGUCAAAAUCUUUUUAAAAAUCCGCAGCCAUUAUAUUUUAAAAUGGAUAGUAGUUGUUGUCAUGACCAUUUGAGUUCUUGCUCAUGCUGUAUUAAAUACUCCGAUUAAAAUCUUUUUAGCGCAACAAAUAGCAUUUGGAUCUCUGUAGAAUAUCGUCUUGCUCCAGAACACAAAUAUCCAAUUUGGCUUAAUGAUGCUUAUGAAGUUACAAAACAUAUCAUAGAAAAUAAACAACUGUAUGGUGCUGAAUCAACGACGAAAAUCGGUGUUGCUGGUGAUAGUGCUGGUGGUACAAUUGCAGCAUCAAUCAGUCAUACAUUGGGAACAGAUAUCGAUUUUCAGGUGCUUGUCAUUGUUGUUGUAUUCGAGAUAUAUCCAAUGUUAGAUAUGGCUGGUCAAAAAUCCAGCCAUAAAGAAUUUACUCAACCAGUUCAUAUUAUUACUCCUGAAAUACUGCAAUGGUUUAUCUCGAAUGCAAUACGUGAUGAAAAUGAUAUAAAAGAUCCAAGAAUAUCUGUUCUGUUACAUUCAUCAUUCACAAACGUACCAUCAUGUUUAUUUAUUGUUGCAGAAUUAGAUCCAUUACGAGAUGAUAGUUAUGAUUAUCAAAAACAAUUAGAAGCUGCCGGUAUCAAAACAAAACUUGUUCUUUUGAAGGGUGUAAUUCAUUCUUUCUUUAGUCUACCAGGUGUCUAUCCAAAAGCUUGUAGUGAAGCUGUGAAUGCUGUACGUGAUUUUAUGAUCGAAAUAUAA